ACGACUCUUGCAGGUAAAACACCUCUGAGCAAUGUGAUUGUUGGUUGUGCAAUGAUGCUGCUCUCGAUGGUGUGUGCAGUUGCGUACACUAUCAUUUUGAAGAUUCUUUGGAAAGGUGACCUUAUGAAAAUGGCGUCGUACAAGCUCAUGUUUGUGUUAGGAAUUUUCGAUACUAUCCAGUGCAUUCCUCAUUUUAUCACCGGCAUAUUCACCAUAAAGCAGUCGGUAUUUCAUCCAAUUCUCAGUAAGUCGCUGGGUGUACUCGCUACACCAUCUUAUAUCGCCUACGUUAUGCUCACUAUGGUGUUAUCGUUCAACAGACUUGUGCUGAUCUAUUCGCCUCAUUUUGAAUCCAGGUUUUUCAGCAAACCAUUGUGGAUAGGAUCUGUGGUGGUCGUGUGGUUAGCGUACGCUAUAUGCCUGUCUACUCCAUGGGUUACCAUCAACUACGUUCCUGAACGGUAUUCAUGGAACUACGACUAUUCUCUGGAUUUUUCACAUUGGGUUCAAAGAUCUGAGAUAUUAGUCGAAUUCGGCAACAUUUUUCUGUCAAUAGUCUUCCAUGCACUCACCAUUGGUAUUCUUUACAGAACUCGAAGGCGAUUCCGUGUGCGUUCGUCUAACGGAGCCGAAAUGAAAGUGUUCAUUCAAGCGUUCAUAGUCACUAUCUACUGCAUCAUUCUAAAUCUACUAUGGCACAAUUCGAAGCUUGUUCUACCAGCAAAUAUUUGGUCUUACAUGGCCUUGAAUAUUAUGUGGAUUUUGAGUGCCGGCAUCAAUCCGCUCAUAUACUUCGUUGUAAACAGGUUUCUUUUUCUGUUCUCAAUAGUUAAUGGUAAGUUUUUGAAUUUCGAUACUCAUAAAGACUGCAAUCUGGCAUCAUGA